AUGCAUAAUAGAACACUAACUUUGAUAUCCUUCAAUUGUAAAUCAAUGAAAAGAUCGGUAGAAUGCAUAAAAUCUUUAUGUGAACGGGCGGAUAUAGUCGCAUUGCAGGAAACUUGGCUUCUACCUCAUGAUAUACAUAUUUUAGGUAGCAUUCAUGAUGAUUUUGGAUAUUCUGGAAAGUCUGCUGUGGACACAUCAGUAGGCAUUCUUCACGGUAGACCGUUUGGUGGUGUCGCAAUAUUGUGGCGGAAAAGUGUUUUCAGGUCAGUGUCGGUGAUUAAAUGUGAAAGUUCGCGAAUAAUUGCAAUUAAUGCAGAGACUAGUGAUAAACAAAUGGUUAUUAUGAGUGUUUACAUGCCCACAGACGAUAGUGAAAAUUUAACAGAAUUCACUCACUGCUUAGGCGAGAUCUGUGCAAUUGUUGAGAAUAAUGACUCGCAGACUGUAUUUAUUCUUGGUGAUUACAAUGCGCACCCAGAUGGACAAUUCGGUAAGGAGCUUUUACAUUUCUGUACAGAACAACAGCUGAUUUGUGCGGAUAUAGAGAAAUUAGGUUUGAAUUCGGAUAGUUAUACUUUUAUUAGCGAUGCACAUGGGACAAAAAGUUGGUUAGAUCAUAUUUUAGUAACACAAGCUUCUUGGAAGUCUAUUACAGAGAUAAAUAUACUUUAUGAUAUAUAUUGGUCUGAUCAUUUCCCUAUUCAAAUAAAAUGUAACAUAAAUAUAUUGCAAUCAAAAAUAGCAAUAAAUGGAAGACAUUGUAAUAAAAUAUUGUGGGGAAUUAGAGACUAUGAACAGAUACAAUUAUAUAAUAUAUAA